AUGCUCUUUCUCUCUACAAUCACCUUCAUCCUCCUCUUCUUCUUCUUAACUGUUUGCCAUCGGAAACCCACUCAGAAAUCUCCUCCAUCUCCUCUGAGGCUUCCCAUUGUCGGUAACCUCCAUCAACUAGGCUCUCUACCUCAUCGCUCGUUGCAAGCGCUGUCAAACAGGUAUGGCUCAAUAAUGCUCCUACGCAUCGGUUGUGUUCCAACGAUCAUAGUUUCUUCAGAAGAGAUGGCUCGUGAGGUGAUGAAAAAGAAUGACCUUGGCUCCGCUAGUAGGCCUAAGUCCAGCAUGGCCAAGAUGCUCAUCUAUGAUCGUGACAUGGCGUUCGCACCCUAUGGUGAGUAUUGGAGGCAAGUGAGAAAAAUAAGUGUUAUACAUCUACUAAGCUUCAAGAUGGUACAAACUUUUUUCUCUAUAAGGGAAGAAGAGGUCUCCAUCAUGAUCGAUAAAAUCCGUGCAUCCCAACAUGCUUUGGUGGAUUUGAGCGAGUUGUUCGUGUCACUUAGUAGUGAUAUAAUAUGUAGAGUUGCUCUAGGGAGGAAAUACAUUGAAGGAGUUGGAGCGAAGAAAGUGCGCGAUAUGUUGGGUGAACUUGGUUAUCUGCUUGGAUCAUUUCCUAUUGGAGAUUUCAUACCUUGGCUUGGUUGGGUGGAUAAUUUAACUAGUUUGAAUUCAAGGGCAAGAAAGAAUUCUAAAGAGUUGGAUAGUUUUCUUGAAGAGGUGUUGCAAGAGCAUCUUCAAGCGAGAAGGGAUGUAAACGGUAACUAUAAGGAAGAUGGAGACUUCGUAGAUAUUUUGCUCUCGCUGGAUGAGAAAGACGAAAGAAUUGGUGUUUCCCUUGAGAAAGAUGAAAAGGUCGGCGUUUCCCUUUCCCUUGGUAGAGACAGCAUCAAGGCAAUUAUUUUGAUUUGGUCAUGGGAGCGCAUUCAUAUUGGACGACCCACUUUACUUAUGCACCGUGACUUAGAGGGGCAGUAUCCAUUGGCAUACAGAUCAGCGACGCGUCACCGUCAGUUUUACCGAAAUGAGAUUGAUGUCCUCCAGCACGAACAGUUCAAGUGGAGACCCUAUACAUCGCCGGAGCUCGAUAUACAUUCUCUUGCACCUAUCUGCCGAGAUAGUCCCGACUUGUGGAGAGCCAGAGUUCCACUGAUCUGUUGGGAGAUCGUAGAGAUGCAUGUCCGUGUUUUAGAUAGCAUUGAUGCUGAUAUUGAUGCGCACGUGACUGAGAUUCAGGAUCAGGUGGCGUUAGAUAUGUUUGCUGCUGGAACAGACACUACAUACACAACCUUACUAUGGACAAUGGCCGAGCUCAUGAGAAAUCCAAAAGUAAUGAAGAAAGCACAAGUAGAAGUGCGCUCAAUCGUCGGUCACAGCCAAAAGCACAUCUCCGACAAAGAAAUCGACCGAAUGCCAUACUUGAAAGCCAUAAUCAAAGAAUCACUAAGAUUAAACACUCCAGUCCCUCUACUAAUUCCCCGAGAAACAACACAAGACGUAGAAUUACUAUCCUUUCACAUUCCAAAGGGAACGAGAGUCAUCGUUAACGCAUGGGCGAUCGCAAGAGAUCCGAGGUCACGGGAAAACCCCACAGAGUUUAUGCCAGAGAGGUUUUUGGACAGUGAUGUUGAUUUCAGAGGCCAGGAUUUCAAGUUUAUUCCUUUUGGUGCAGGGAGAAGAAGUUGUCCUGGAGCCGGAUUUGCUGUUCCUAUUGUUGAGCUUGUACUUGCUAGUUUACUGCAUCAUUUUGAUUGGGAGAUACCUAAAGGGAUGGAGGCUGAAGUGCUGGAUAUGACUGAAUCACCUGGAAUAACUUUGCACAAGAAAACAGGCCUGGUUCUUGUUGCAAAGCCUUGCAUUGUUUAG